GAGGAACCGGAGUGUAAGAACUGCGAUGGCCUCGGAUGGAGCUUCGGCGCGGACAGCAGCCACCAGCAGACCAAGCUGAUCACCCAGUUCCAUGGCCAUGAGGUGGACACCAGCUCCUGCCUUGCCUUCGCGCCCAAGAGCAAGCACGGUUCAGGAUCCGAACAACUUCGUGCCUCUCGAGCCCUGGGGUUUGGGGUUGCGGGUUUGGAGAAGUGGCAAGGCUACUCUUUCCACUCCACCGAGCUGGCGAUCGACGAAUGUCUCACGAUCACGUACUCCGUGAACGUCCAGCCUGUCGGCUCAUUUAUAGGUGGGGUCAGCGUCGAGGUGAUGCCCAAGAAGUGGGCGGAAAUCGAUACCACGAUCUGCUGGCCCAAAAAGCGGCCUAGUGGCUUGGACCUGAGCAUCCUGAAGACUGAGAUAAGUCCACCGGCAUCUCUUCUUCCAGACCCUCCGCCUCA